CGUGCGGGUGGCCGGCUUCGGGCUUGCGGGUGAUCCGCUGCGCUUCGCUGGCCAGGAUGCGCCCCGGCCUGGCGGUGGGGCUGGUCUUCGGGGGGUGCUGCAGCAACGUGGUUUUCCUGGAGCUCCUGGUCAGGGAAUUUCCAGGAAGUGGGAAUUUGAUCACCUUUGCUCAGUUCUUCUUCAUAGCACUGGAAGGCUUCAUCUUUGAAGCAAACUUUGGAAGGAAACAGCCUGCAAUUCCUAUCAGGUUCUACCUGCUCAUGGUGGCUAUGUUUUUCACCGUGAGUGUAGUGAACAACUAUGCUCUCAACUUGAACAUUGCGAUGCCUCUGCAUAUGAUAUUUAGAUCGGGCUCCUUGAUAGCCAGCAUGGCCCUGGGCAUCAUCAUCCUGAAGAAAAGGUACACCGUCUCCAAAUACACCUCUAUAGCUUUGGUCUCUCUGGGCAUUUUCACCUGUACCUUCAUGUCAGCAAAGGAAGUGAGCUCUGUUUCAAGAACGAGGGAAGACGGGGAAAGCGUCUCUGCGUUUCUCUGGUGGCUGCUAGGAAUUGCGGCCUUGACCUUUGCCCUCCUGAUGUCAGCCAGGAUGGGGAUCUUCCAGGAAACCCUCUAUAAGAAGUUUGGAAAACACUCUAAGGAAGCCCUUUUCUACAACCACGCGCUUCUUCUCCCAGGAUUUCUCCUCCUGGCUCCAGAUAUUUACAGACAUGGGGUUCUUUUCAGUCAAUCUGAACCGUUCCAAGUGCCAGUGAUUGGGCUCAGCUUACCCAUAAUGUGGUUCUAUCUCAUGAUGAAUGUCAUAACUCAAUACAUCUGCAUCCGGGGGGUCUUCAUCUUGACCACCGAGUGUUCCUCCUUGACUGUCACGCUUGUGGUGACUCUGCGGAAGUUUGUCAGCCUGAUCUUUUCCAUCCUGUACUUCCAGAACUCGUUCACCACCUGGCAUUGGCUGGGCACUUUCUUGGUAUUCAUGGGGACGCUGAUGUACACGGAAGUGUGGAACAAUCUGGGAUUUGUCCAACACUGUGGGCAAAAGAGGGAGGAGAAGAAACAGGAAUGACAGGGGAGACUCCCUUGGAAGGAAAUCAUGCUUCUCCAUUGGAAUGGGACAUUUUCUACCAGGGUGUUUUGCACUGUGGGGCAGGGGAAGAGUCAGAUUCCCUGCUUGCAGGAGGGGAGGGUUGAUUUUUGUAGUACAAAACUAGGGGAUCUUGGCUGUGCCAAGCAGAUGCACAUCCCCAGGAGAAGGGAAACGGUUUUUCACCUUUUGGUUGUUGAGGUGACCAAGAACUUUGAUAAGAUAUACACCCUGGCUUCUUUGACUUAAGAGGAGUCUGAUAGAUGGGUCGGUACCCCCUGUGACUCUGUGUUAAGCGGGCAGUUGAGCCCAUGUAGUUUGCAAAAGCAAGCAUUUGGCAUCAGCUUCUUUUGGUUAAUGGCCUGCCUGCCAUCAGGAAAAAAAUAUGAAAAAGGGUAUCAGAUUAUUGCGAUCAGACUGGGACUUUGAAAUAAAUUCUUGUGGAAGUCA